UCCCACAAUUCCAAUGUCCACUUCCGAUUUAAAAGCGGCACGCUGAUUUUGUAGGGGUUAGGAUAGAUUACUGCAAAUGACUUCAUUUUUCAAAAUACUAUUUCAGUCUAUUUAAGUAGGAUGUCAGCCAUUCAGCGAAGAAAAAGGCGACCAAAUGGAGGGCAUAGAAAAGACACCCCGGAUGUAAAAAUAAUGAAAUCCAUGGACUCUUUUGGUCGAUCGAUCUCGUCAAUAGAUUACCAGUUGACUCAGAAAUGCAGCAUUUGUGCCCGGCCAAAUUCUCAGCUGGGAAACUUAAGACCACUGAUGAAAGUCCUUGAAAUUUCAUGUCACGGGAUCCCUUGGUUAUUAGGAACUAUUGGUUUACUUUUAUCUGUUCAUAAGCACGAACAUUUAGAAAUCCUAAUGAACUUACUAAUAGGACUGGUAGGAGAUCUCAUUAUUAUUGCUGCACUAAAGAUGCUUGUUCAGCGAGAACGGCCAGCCUUUAACAAAUCUGAUAUGUUUGCUACAGUCUCAGUCGAUAACUACUCCUUCCCAUCAGGCCACUGCUCCAGGGCUAUCAUGCUAGCUUACUUUUUCUCGGAGAAGGCAAAUUUAGAAGCACCUAUACUUGGACUGAUUGUCCUAUGGGCACUUGUUGUGUCCCUAUCCAGGCUUCUCCUUGGUAGACAUUAUUUCAGCGAUGUUGUGUUUGGAAUGAUCUUGGGAGCCCUAGAGUUCAAACUUUUGGCCUAUUACUGGCUUUCAAAAGAAAACUGCAUGUUUGUUUUAGAGCCAUUUUUUGCACAUUUUCACCUCUGAAAGCUGUGAUCAUCCAUUUUUAAUAUCCAUUUUA